UGCCGUGCCGCAGAGGACCGGGAGGGCUUAUGGUCCACAGGGGGGGUUAUCAGUCACCUGGUCCCGGUCGGCGCACACCGUGUGCAACAGGACGGACUACACGUAAAAAGAGAAGGUAUGUGAUUUGGAACGCAGCCCAACAGAUGACCGGGGAGGUCAGUGGACCGAGGAGGUCAGGUGACUCGUUGCUACGGCUCUACAGGAGACUCGUUGUAACGGCUCUACUCGUUGUUACGGCUCUCAAGGUGACUCGUUGUAACGGCUCUACAGGUGACUCGUUGUAACGGCUCUACUCGUUGUAACGGCUCUACAGGUGACUCGUUGUAACGGCUCUACAGGAGACUCGUUGUAACGGCUGCAGGUAUAACAUCUACAGGUAGGUAUGGACGCUGCGGCCAGGCGUGGAAACAGGAUAAUUUUUACUGUCUGCCCCGCCCAGGUCCGGACGGCGUCGGGGACUAUAUGUCCAGGAGGUUGGACACCUGCUAUGUGGGCUCAGGGACCCCGUCUCAGGAGGCCAGCGGUGGGCUGGAGUACCUGACCCGGGCCCCCCCUCCUGCUCCAGGGGUCCCGGGGGUCUGGGGUGUCCCGCGACCCACCCCUCCGCCCUGUGUGGGGGCCGUGGGCUGGGGGUGGAGCUACAGCCAGCAGCUGAACAGCACCGCGCUGCUCAGCAACAUGCAGAUCAAGAAGAGUGAGAUGCGGACCGGGGAGGAGAUCCAGACCAGGCCAGAGGGGCUGCCUGUCUACGCCUCACUUCCUGUGGGAGGCUGGGAACGAAUCACGCGCCACUAGUGAGAGGCCAUGACAUCACUUCCUGUGGGAGGCUGGGAACGAAUCACACACCACUAGUGAGACGCCAUGACACCACAGGGACAAGAUCAUUUUAUCCUUAUUAUUGUUUAUAAGAUAAUGAUUUAAUGAUCAUAGACUGACAAUUUGGGAAUGAGGAGUUAUUAAUGACAUAAUUUCAACGUAAAAUAUUAUUACUUUUGGUGUUAUUUGUACAGAAUAAAGCUGCAAAACACUUUGACUAAAGGAAUAGUCGUCUAUGAAGAGGUUCUGCUUCCUUUGUGUUUCAGAAACCUCCUGUCAGACAGCAGUGGAAGAGAGAACUGCAAACACUGACCUCUACAAUAAAACAUGUUCCCCUGAAA